GAUGUAAAACCACGGUUUUUGUGAACCUGGGUAGAUUUUUAAGCAAGAAAAUCUGAAUCUCUGGAAAACAUUAGUUGUUAAGCUGUCUCCAAAAGACUUUGCUUUUCACGGAGAUAUUUCUCUUGGUGACAAGCCCUUGGAAAUACAACGCAGAAAUACAAUGGUGGCCAGAGAGGAACGCCUUCUUAAACAAAGGCAAGUCUUGCUUCUCUUUGUUUUUCUGGGUGGGUCUCUUGCUGGGUCCGCAUCCAGGCGCUAUUCUGUGGCUGAGGAAACAGAGAGGGGCUUCGCAAUAGCCAAUCUAGCGAAGGAUCUGGGGCUUAGUGGAGAAGAACUGGCUGAAAGGAGAGCUCAAGCUAUCUCCAAAGGGAACGUACAGUAUUUUCAGCUCAGCCAUCAGACCGGAGAUUUGCUCUUGGUUGAGAGAUUAGACCGGGAGGAGCUGUGCGGCUCGACCGAACCUUGUGUGCUGCACUUUCAGAUAUUGCUGCAUAAUCCUUUGCAGUUUAUUACAAAUGAGCUCGAGGUCAUAGAUGUAAAUGACCAUGCCCCGGAGUUCUUUGAAAAUGCAAUGCAGCUGAAAGUCCUAGAGAGCUCCCCACCUGGAACAGUGAUUCCUCUGGGAAAUGCUGUGGACUUGGAUGUGGGAAGAAAUGGACUGCAGAAUUACACGGUCUCUCCCAAGUCCCAUUUUCAUGUUCAUACCCGCCAUCGUAGAGAUGGAAGGAAGUAUCCAGAACUAGUUCUACACAGAGCUCUGGAUCGGGAAGAACAGCCAGAGCUCAGUUUAACUCUCACAGCCCUGGAUGGAGGAUCCCCACCUCGGUCUGGAACUACCCAGGUCCACAUCCUAGUCUUAGACAUAAAUGACAAUGCCCCAGAAUUUACACAGUCACUCUAUGAGGUUCAAAUUUUAGAGAAAAGCCCUGUUGGCUCUGUCAUUACCACUGUCUCCGCUUCUGACUUAGAUACGGGAAAUUUUGGUGCGAUAUCAUACGUAUUUUUUCAUGCUUCUGAAGAAAUUCUCAAAACUUUUCAACUGAACUCCAGUACUGGUAAUAUACAACUACUUAAGAGUUUGGAUUAUGAAACAAUCAAUACUUAUGAGGUUGACAUAGAGGCCAAGGAUGGUGGAGGCCUUUCAGGGAAAUGCGUAGUCAUAGUUCAGGUAGUUGAUGUGAACGAUAACCCACCAGAACUGACAUUGUCAUCAGUUAACAGUCUUAUUCCCGAGAAUUCAGCAGAGACCGUGGUGGCUGUUUUCAGUGUUUCUGAUUUAGACUCUGGAGAUAACGGAAGAGUGACAUGUUCCAUCCAGGACGAUCUCCCCUUCAUCCUGAAACCAUCUGUAGAGAACUUCUAUACUAUAGCGUCUGAAGGAGCUUUGGACAGAGAGAGCAGAGCUGAGUACAACAUCACCAUCACUGUCUCAGACCUGGGCACACCCAGGCUCACAACCCAGAACACCAUAACAGUGCAGGUGUCUGACAUCAAUGACAACGCCCCCGACUUUACCCAAAAGUCCUACACCAUGUUUGUCCGUGAGAAUAACAGCCCCGCCCUGCACAUAGGCACCAUUAGUGCCACAGACUCAGACUCAGGCUCCAACGCCCACAUCACUUAUUCGCUGCUGCCGCCUGAUGACCCGCAACUGGCCCUCGACUCGCUCAUCUCCAUCAAUGCUGACAAUGGGCAGCUGUUCGCUCUCAGGGCAUUAGACUACGAAGCCCUUCAGGCCUUCGAGUUCCGCGUGGACGCCACAGACAGAGGCUCACCCGCGCUCAGCAGCCAGGCUCUGGUGCGCGUGAUGGUGCUGGACGAAAAUGACAAUGCUCCCUUCGUGCUCUACCCACUGCAGAACGCCUCUGCGCCCUGCACAGAGCUGCUGCCCAGGGCAGCGGAGCCUGGAUACCUGGUUACCAAGAUGGUGGCGGUGGACUCUGACUCUGGCCAGAAUGCCUGGCUGUCAUUCCAGCUGCUCAAAGCCACGGAGCCCGGACUGUUCAGCGUGUGGGCGCACAAUGGUGAGGUGCGCACCACCAGGCUGCUGAGCGAGCGUGAUGUGCCCAAGCACAAGCUGCUGCUACUGGUCAAGGACAAUGGAGAGUCUCCGCGGUCUGCCAGUGUCACUCUGCAGGUGCUGCUUGUGGAUGGCUUUUCUCAACCCUACCUGCCCUUGCCUGAGGUGGCGCGCGACUCCCUGCAAAACGAUGUGGAUUUGCUCACGUUGUACUUAGUCAUUGCUUUGGCAUCUGUAUCUUCUCUCUUCCUCCUGUCUGUGCUGCUGUUUGUGGGGGUGAGACUGUGCAGGAGGGUCAGGGCAGCUUCUAUGGGUGGCUGCUCUGUAUCUGAGGGACACUUUCCUGGCCACCUGGUGGAUGUCAGCCAAGCAGGGACCCUGUCCCAGAGUUACCAGUAUGAGGUGUGUCUGACAGGAGACUCAAGGACCAGUGAGUUCAAAUUCCUGAAUCCAGUGAUACCAAACCUGUUUCUUGAAGAAUCUGAGAGAAGUUAAGGGAAGUCCCCACUGUAGGAGUAGUUUUUUAGCUAGCUAA